AUGGCACCAGCAUACGCCAAUAUCUACAUGGCCUACUUUGAAGAUUCGUGCGUUUACCGACACCCCCUACAGCCUUUACAGUACGUCAGGUAUAUCGAUGACGUAUUUUUCAUUUGGCCACAUGGCGAAGAUUCUCUCCAAGAGUUCAUAAGUUCCAUCAACAACACCCAUCACAACAUCCGUUUCACCGCAAGCCAAUCAUUCACUGAUAUCGCCUUCCUCAACGUUCUUACGGCAACGUUUCAAGCAGCUCUUAUCACUGAUGGUGUUUAUAGUUUUGUUAUCUUCAACUACGAGAUUGGUGGUAUGCUGUGGAAUCCAGAUGUUCUUGCUCAGAAAAACCUUGUGAUCGGUUAUGGUGUUGGUGCAAAUGCUAAUAGAACAUUCAACAAUGUCCAGUUGGAUUCAAGAUUAUUUCCAACUGAAGAUUCAAGAUACUUUCCAGAUUCAACAAGUAACACAGGCUUAGAUGGCCAAUGGUUCUUUAGACUUGAGGACAAUAAUGAGAAUACUAUUAAUUACAGACAGUAUUGUAUGAAUUGGAGGCAGACUGAAUCUGAUGACUUGUAUUGGUUAGAUCGCCUGGGAACCUGUCCUUGUGCGUUUGGUCAAGGUUCAAAUGAUCUAGGAUUUGGAAGGGGUAGACGGGGUCGUCGAGGAAGAAAUCAAGACGCAAAUGGAAACGGGCAAAUGAGUCCACUUUCACCUGAGCUUCUUAAUGAUAUUGAAAAUAUUUCAGGCACUCCAUUUUGCCUGCAGACACAAGUGGCCUCCGCUUCAGGGGCAGGCAUGAGAUGCUGUUACAGAGGAGAUGGCUCAUUAAUAGAAGGAUAUGAAAACGAUGUAUUUACAAGUAGUUUUGUUCAGCGAUAUCAGUUUGUAGAAGGGCCAUUCUUCAAUUUCUGGAUAUAUUUAUAUUGGUUAUAUUUUGAUUUAAUUCCUCAAUAUGUUUGCUGUGAAAGAUCAAAUGAUCCUUACUACUGUAACCUGUACUCGGAGGUUCGGCCUAAAGGAACAUGUAACGGUUAUCUUCCACCAAAUACAGGUUGGAUGUUUGGCGAUCCUCACAUCCGUACGCUUGAUGGGCUUGAGUACACUUUCAAUGGCAUUGGUGAAUUUGUUCUCGUGACUGUCAACGAAGGCGACUUCGUAUUACAAGGUCGAAUGGAAAAACCAGUAAUUGAAGAUGAAAAUGUACUAGCUACCAUAUUCUCAGCGUUUGCAGCUCAGGAAAGAUCGACAAAGGUACAAAUGACGCUAAAUGCAAGUUCGAAUGAUUUCGCUAUUUUAGUUAAUGGAAGCAUCGUUGUCAAUAAAACAAGUCUGGCUGAAGGUCCUUACACACCACCAGCUGAUCCUGGUUUUAUAAUAAGUCUCCCUUCUGGAAAUUCAACUGGGAACCGUGUAAUUGCAUCAUGGUUAUCCGGAAUUGCCAUAUCUGUUGGUUUAUCUGGCCCAGCAUUAGACGUCGUGGUGUCUAUUCCGGAAAGUUUUAAAGGUUCUACCAAAGGAUUAUAUGGUGUUUGGAAUGAUAAUGUAACAGACGAUCUUACAUAUCCAAACAACAGUAUGAUGUCUGUACCUGAAAAUGGAACUUUGACAGAUAGUGACGCAUUUUAUUUUGGAGUUACAUGGAGAACAACGGAUCAAUCCACACUCUUCACAUAUUCUGAUGGAGAAUCAUGGAACACUUUGAAUAACUUAACAUUCGUACCAGUAUUUUUAGAAGACCUUAUCGAAGAGAAUGAAGGUACUGCACUGUAUAAUGAGGCAAUACAAGAAUGCGGUGAUGAUCGUAUGUGUCUUUUUGAUGCAUUAGCAACAAGUGAUAUUUCUUUUGGUGUAAAUACAAUGGAAAUAAAUAACAACAACAACGAAAAUGCAGAUGAACUUGCAAAUUUUCCACCCAACAUUACCAGUGUUAUUGCCAUUUCUCCCGAAAAUGCGCUAAAUGGAACUAACCGACUUAUGGUUAUGGUAGAUAAUCAGUAUAUACUCAGGAUUAAUGCCUCAGACCCCGAAGGUGACCCAAUUACAUAUUCUCUUGAAGACAUUGUCCCAGGUGGAGGCAUUGAUACUGAUGGUUACUUUUUCUGGACACCUGGUUCCACCGACCAAGUUUUACUAACAUUAGUCGCAAUGGACAAUAAGGGUGCAGCGACAGCAUUUCCACUUGAGGUCAUCAUUUGUGAAUGCCAAAAUGGCGGAGUUUGUGAUUUCAAUGCUCUUGUCGAUGGAUCAGACCUCUUGAACAAUCGUUUUGCGGUUUCAGAGUGUAAUUGCCCAGCUGCUUGGACGGGCACAGAUUGUAGUGAUGAUUACAAUGCAUGCUUAGAUGAGCCUUGUUAUACAGGUGUUGCAUGUUUUGACCAGAUGGCACCUUUGGCAAAUGUAACAUGUGGUAGCUGUCCCAGUGGUUUGAUUGGAAAUGGAUUCAAGUGUUACGAUUACAAUGAAUGUGUUGAAGGUCGUGACAGAGAAGAUGGUGUAGAAUUCUGUGAACAGGAAUGUACAAAUACUUUAGGGUCAUAUACAUGUAGUUGCAGAGAAGGAUACGACUUGGAUGUUGGUCUUAAAACGUGCAACGACAUUGAUGAAUGUAUGAUGAUGAGAGACGACUGUAGCAACCAGGCAUUAUGUACAAAUACUGAGGGAUCUUUCAACUGCACGUGUUUAGAUGGGUACAGUGGUGAUGGAAAAACAUGCAAUAAUAUAAAUGAGUGUGGAAGAGUGGAUUUCCCUUGUGACAUUAACGCAGAAUGCACCGACACGGAUGGUUCAUUUGUUUGCCAAUGUACUGAUGGUUACGAAGGAAAUGGACAGACAUGUGAAGAUAUCGACGAGUGUGCUCGUUCACUUCAUACAUGCGACAUUCACGCUGUCUGUAUGAAUACCCAAGGUUUUUAUAUGUGUGCCUGUGCUUCUGGAUGGACUGGUAAUGGAACGAUUUGUCAAGAUGUAAACGAAUGCAACAAUAUGUUGCCGUGUUCCAGCGAAAGAUAUAUUUGUGAAAACACACCUGGUAGCUUUGCUUGUAGUUGUCCAAAUGGUUACUAUGAUGGAUCACCUUGCAUGGACAUUGAUGAAUGCACUAGCGGUACCCACAACUGCUCUGAUACAGCAAUGUGUGUUAAUACCAAUGGUGGAUUUGAAUGUCCGUGUAGAACAGGCUACAACCUAACAGAUGGUACAUGCCAAGACAUCGACGAGUGUGCUGCUGUCCUGAAACCGUGUGACGUAAAUGCUGAUUGUGAAAACACAAUUGGAGGUUUUGACUGCACAUGCCAUUCCGGUUACACGCAGAGCGGAAGUGACUGUGAUGAUAUAAAUGAAUGUGAACUUAAUAUUGACAACUGCCAGCAAAUGUGUAACAAUACAGAUGGAAGCUAUAAUUGUUCCUGCAACACAAACUAUGUAUUACAAAAUGAUGGAAUGUCUUGUCAACCUAUACAGGGUGCAGAAUGUACUAACAAUCCAUGUGUGAACGCAUUCUGCUCAAUGAAUGGAGGUGAAGUUGAAUGUCUAUGUAAACAAGGAUAUGAAUCCAUCGAUGGGAAUUCAACACAUUGUCAAAAUAUUAAUGAGUGCACAAGUGGAGACCAUAUGUGUUCUGAGAACUGCGUGGAUACAGAAGGCUCUUAUAACUGCUCAUGUAGUGCUAAUUAUCAGCUAUCUGAUAAUCAGAGAGAUUGCGAUGAUAUAAAUGAGUGUGGUAUUUCGGAUUCAUGUAGUGAAAAUGCAAUGUGUAUCAACGCUCCUGGUACAUACAUAUGUUCAUGUAAUUCUGGUUAUUCUGGAAACGGUCAACAGUGUAACGAUAUCGAUGAAUGUGAACAUAUUCGACUCUACUGUUCCGGAAAUGAGACUUGUGACUAUGAAAGAUGUGAUGAUGCUGCCUUCUGUACUAAUACUAACGGUUCAUAUAUGUGUCAAUGUAAAGGUGGUUUUACAGGAAGUGGCAAGAUUUGUUUUGAUGUGAAUGAAUGUUCUUCAAUGCCAUGUGAUUCCAUGGCUACAUGUGAAAAUACACCUGGGAAUUACUCAUGUACCUGUAAUGAUGGAUUUGCUGGCAAUGGUAUCACUUGCCAAAAUAUCGAUGAAUGUGAAUACAAUGGCACUUGCAAUGAAAACGCUGAAUGUACAGACACGGAAGGAGCUUUCCAAUGCAACUGUCAUGAUGGUUUCCGUGGAGAUGGAAUAACAAGUUGUAAUAAUAUCGAUGAAUGUGCAGAAAACACUGCUGAUUGCCAUGCAGAUGCUACAUGUACUGACACACCCGGUUCAUUUACAUGCAUGUGUAAUGCAGGCUUCAAUGGAACUGGACAAAACUGUGAAAAUAUCAAUGAAUGUGCAUCAUCUGACCUGAAUAACUGUGAUGAAAAUGCUUCGUGCAUGGAUUCAGUUGGUUCCUACCUCUGCGUAUGCAACGGAGGUUACAUGAGCAACGAUGGGGGAAGUGCAAUUGAAGGCAAUUGUGAUGAUAUCGAUGAGUGUAUGCUGAAUAUUCAUAAUUGUUCGAAUUUAGCAACUUGUCAAAAUACACCUGGUGGAUUUGAAUGCUCUUGUGGUGAAGGAUAUCAGGGUGAUGGAUAUCAGUGCUCAGAUAUAAAUGAAUGCGAAAUGACCAAUAAUUGUAAUAUUGAUGAAAAAAAGCAGUGUAAUAAUGUUGAAGGAAACUACACAUGCGUGUGUAUGAAUAACUUUGUGGAAGUGGAUGGUACCUGUGUAGGUGCAUUAACCAUGAAUAUGGUAGUGAACUUUACAGACAUCAAAGGAAUCGUUGUCAGUGUGCAGCCAGCAGUAUUUGAUUCCGUUGACAUUCGAAAUGGUCUUGUAAAUGAUGUUUACACUCUGUUUCAGUCAUCAAGCAUCGGUAGCUCCAUAUUACAAAUAAGUGUAGAUUCCUAUAGGCAAAUUCCUCCAUUAGUGGAAGUCACUUUCCGACUUGAUCUACCAACAUCAACAAACUUGACAUUGAAUGACGUCACGGCAGUAUUUUAUGGAGGAUUAACAGGAGCAGAAAAUACGCAAUUGCAGCCAGACAGUGCCGUCUUUUAUGUAAUGAUGCCUGUAGUAACAACUACUCAGCAAACCACUGCAACAGAACUAACUACAACAGAAGCAAGACCAACUAAUGUAAUAACAAUGGACCAAACUACAAUAACCACAGCAGAACCAACUACAAUAACUACAGAAGAAACUACAACAGGAGUAGCAUCAACUAUUGUAACAACAAAGGAACAAACUACAUUAACCACAGCAGAACCAACUACAGAAGAAACAACUACAACAGGAGCAGCAUCAACUAUUGUAACAACAAAGAAACAAACUACAUUAACCACAGCAGAACCAGCUACAACAAGAUCAGAAACUACUGUUGAACAAACUACAUUAACCACAGCAGAACCAGCUACAACAGGAUCAGAAACAACUACUAUUGAACAAACUACAAUAACCACAGCAGAACCAACUACAACAGGAGCAGGUUCAACUAUUGCAACAACAAAGAAACAAACUACAUUAACCACAGCAGAACCAGCUACAACAGGAUCAGAAACAACUACUAUUGAACAAACUACAAUAACCACAGCAGAACCAACUACAACAGGAGCAGGUUCAACUAUUGUAACAACAAAGAAACAAACUACAUUAACCACAGCAGAACCAAGCACGGCACCAGUUACCACGUAUAAUGUAAGGCUGGAAAUUACUAGUGAAGUGUAUGUUAAUGAACUUGAAGAUUCGACGUCGCCAUUGUACAUAGAGUAUGAACAGAAAAUCUGUAAUUCGAUAAGAGCUUUAUUCGAUGCCAUCCUGGAAUGCUCAGUCCUUAGCUUUGAAAAUGGGAGCAUAAUCGCAAAUGUACAGGUAGAAUUUCCAGAGGACACUACUACUUCUGAAGGAAUACAGGCAGUGCUUGCUGCGGUUGAAAAUGGCAUGUUGCCUGACACUGAUUUUGUCAUUAACACUGAAGCUAUAACUGUGACAGAAGUUGAAUCAUGUACUUCCGAUUAUUGUUACAAUGGUGGGACUUGUUACGAAAAUGAUGGAACACCUGUAUGCAAAUGUGUAUCUGACUACGAAGGUGAAAAAUGUCAAGAUAAAAAAGAUACGAUUCUGUACGUUGCAAUUGCUCUGGCUUCUGUAGUCUCGGUUAUUGUCAUAGUAUGUACCAUAGUCUUCGUGUGCCUGUGUCUAUACAGGAAAAAUCUUUACCAGCAAAAGAAAAUUACUGCACAUCCCAAAAAUAGGCAUAAUCGUCAUCAAACGCCUUAUCAGUUUGGAUAUCUAGAUAGUGACAGUCUAUCUAGUUCCUCUCAUUCAGAUAGACUUGUGCAAUACCAACGAGGUUUGAUGCUCAACUCAAGAACUGAUGUUGGUGGAUAUAACAGAGCAAUGCCUACUACCGAAUUCCGUCGUCCCUAUGUUGUUUCUGGUGACGAACAAGAGCAUGUGUACGACAACAGGGGCCGUGAUUUCAACGAAGAGCGCUGGCUAGACCGCCGUAGGGACAACAACUACAGAUAAUCCACUCCAAAUGACAAUGAACCUUUUGAUGUAAUAGUUAUGAUAGACAUAGUAUAAUGCUUACAAUAAUUUUUAUUAUUUGUAUAUAUUCUACGCUCUCUAAAAUAAAUUGGAGGCAAUAAUAAUCAAGAAGUUGUACACAACACAAAGGUAAAUCGUACGGUUCAAGUUUAUUAACUCUAUUAUUCAUAUACUACGGUACUGGAGUAUAACUUAGUCAUACAGUACAUAUUCUGAAUAUUUUAACUAAUUCUUUGUCAUCUUGGGGCUACUCAUGUACUGCCUUGUAUUUUUGAGACUCAGUUGAGAUCCCGAUAGAACAGAGUAGAUUCCAGGGAGAUCUCACUAGCUAUUGUUAUUUACUUAGUAUUAAAUAUUCAUAAAUCUGCAUUAUUACUACAUUAUUUCGUGAAUACUUACCUGGAUAAACUGACUAAUUGCCAUUGUUUCCAAACGGAACACCCCUUCGAAAUAAAUGGAACAGUCCGCCCAGGGCGCCACGUACGAACCGUCUCCCUAACAAACGUCCUCAUUCCCUUUUCGACCUUCGUUAAUCUGCAUUAUUGAAUUUGGAGCGAAAUACUUCACCAAGAAUUAUACCAGCCAUUAUCACAUGAGUAGCACCAGUGUUGAGUAGGCCUAUGUUAGAUGGGAAGAUGUUAGGGAUGGUCUGGUGGCGAAAUCAGAAUUUUGUAUAAUUCAGUGAGAUGCUGUUACAACCAAGACAUUCUUUACGUUAAGAUGUACACCCGAGACCGGCCAUAAUUCAUUGACUUAAGUUGAUUAUGUAAAUCUAUAUACAUGUAGCUGAGACAACCAUACAAGUUCUAAAGUUGUCUCAGCUUUUAGGUAGCAUACCACCCACUUUUCUAUGCUGUAGACAGUGGUUUAUAUCAUACCUCUAUGGGGGACAGUUUGCUGUACUUUUGCCGCUAUUAACAUGUUAAUGUUUCAUCAGCCUGCUUGUGAUAGGACAUAUUCCUUCCUACAGUACUUAGAAGGCCCUACACAGUUAAACCACCAUCACUUGGAAACAAUGAGUUUCUUUAUACGGUCCACUUGUAUGUAAACAUCUUAAUUUGCUUUAAUUGUUUCAGGUUGUUUUUUUACCAAAUGUUUAUAUGAAUUUAUUUUUCUACUGAUAAUAUAUAUAUGUGUAUUUUGCAUAUUGCAGCUUAUUUCAUUUAAUAAUUACCUAUACCAAUAAAUGACUAUAAUUAUAGUAUGCUGUUUAGUACCAAUAUUAUAUUAAAUAAAGAUUAGGUUAGGAUUAUCAGAAUUUUAUUAAAAACAUUGAUGCAUAUAUGUUACAUUUAAUAGUCAUUUUAUACAACAGUCGUUCGUUUCGUCAUAUUAAUAUCUGUUCUAUAACUGGUCAUGGAACUCAUGGGACAUUAAUAACGACCAUAAUAUUACUGUAUCUUAAAAUUGUGAUUUAUUAAUGUCAAUUUAGGUCAUUUCCCAGUAUUGACUGAAUUAAAGUAUUUCAUAGCCUUGAAAA